AUGUCUUCUAGCAUCCGACCUGCGACAUCCACAUCUGUUAAGGGCAGCAAGGCUCCUCCAAGCCCUCUAAUCUGCUCAUGUGAGGCUCAGACCCUUACCUCUGGGUUAUCCAGCACGCCCAGACCCAGGAAAAACACUACCACUACAAUUUCUGGGUCCAUCUCUCACAAAAAAACCCUACCUAUGGAUGGGGUUUUAAGCUCCAAGAACAUUCAAAUUGGAACUCCCAGGGCUAUGGGCACGCUGUUAACCUGCCGAUCCCCUGCAUUACUGCAUCACUUGACUAGCAUGCCAGGCAACUAUAGGUUCAGCAUGAAAAAUCCUGCAUCACCGAAAUUCCCAAUAAUGAGGGAGUCAGACUGCGAAGACCACAAAGACAGCCUGAGUGAAUCUACAGACUCCAGUGACAUCGACCAUUCCAGCAAUGAACUUAAAGCACAGCUUGUCUUAAAUGCAACCCAAGCACAGCGAAAUGUUUGCCUCGCAGAGAAGAUGCUGGCAGAUUGCAUUCUCAAGGAGAAUGCUGCACUCAGGAAACUGUACAAGUUUAAGGCUACAGAAGCCAAGAGGAAGCUGGAAGACACUGAUAUCGACAUUGGCUUUGUACACCACUCUGUCCGGAAAAGUGGCAUCACGUUGUAUGAGGACUCUAAGCCUCGAAAAUGCCGUUGUGAAUCUGCUAGUCAGGUUGAUGAUAAUUUAACCAGGCCAGAAGGAGAUUUGACUUGGACAUUAGCAGGAUCUGCAAGUACAACUCCAUCUGCGACAUUUGAAUCUGAGGCAGCGACAUUGGACUCGGAGAGUGUGUACUAG